UUCUCUCAUCAUAUGGUACGUAGUGAACAGGAAAAGAGAUUGUUGUGUGACACGAAUUAACAACGCGAAGAUGUCAACACCAGAUCUGAGGACAGUGAGAGAAAAAGUUGAAACAGCUCUUAGAAAUGAUAGCAUCUCAAACUUCAAAGAGCUGAUAAAAAAGUUCAACGAUAGGGAUCCUUUUGAAGCGAUGGUGCAAAUUUGCACCUCUAAAUGCUGCAGAGAUGAUACGCGAUGUAAUUUCGCCACAUUACUUUUGAACAAUUUUAAUGUGUUCAAUAGUUCAGAGCAUUAUCCUUUACACGAAGCUGCUCAGUUGGGACUGCAUCAUCUAGUUUUUGUCCUUCUCAACCAUCCAAAGAAUUUUGCUGCAGCGAACUAUGAAAAUGGACAAGGGCAAUCACCGGUGCACUGCUCCAUUGCAGGAAUUGAAAAAGGCUGCGUGGAUAAGGAUCGCGAAAAAAAGGCUUUGCUUUGCAUCAGGCUGCUCUACAAGAAAAGUUGUGAUCUAGACAAGCCAGACAAGGAUGGAUUCACCGCAGUCCACUUAGCAUGCCAAAAAAAGCUCUGGCAAAUCGUCUCCUUUUGCCUAGACAAAAAUGUAAACAUCGACAAGGCUGUAAAAGGGGAAAGCGCGAGGGACUUGAUACGGAAACACAACCAAAAUUGGGUUCCUAAACUUGUCUUUACUGAUAGUGACGGCAGACAAACUGCCACCACCACCCCAUACACAGAUAUUGAAAGAGAAUUUAAAAAUUUGGCAACAACAAUUGGUGACACGCAAGAAUUGAAACGCGCUUUGAAUGGAAUCGGAGUGAAUCUUUUGGAAGAACAUGGAAAAAGACUUUUGUGUCACUGCGUGGAGGAAGGGUUGCUCUCUGGAUUGCAAGUGUUGGUGGACGAUUUCCACAUGGACGUGACCAAAGACAAAGACUAUGAAACAGGUAUGACUAUACUGCAUAGAGCCGUCACUUGCGAAGAUCCCAACUAUGAUGUCGUAAAGUUCAUUCUCGGAAGAGCCAAGGAAAACGAUACAAAAUUUAGCGAUUGGAUUGAAGCAGUUGACGUUGGAAGCUCAGGCGGAAAGGGGUGCACUGCUCUGCAAUACGCAGCUUGGCAGCAACGGGAUGAUCUGUCAAAGUUGCUGCUAGAGUAUGGUUCCACCAUCUUUAGUAAAAACAAAUUCACUGACAAAUUCACCUUCGAAUACCUAAGAGUCGAUUUGCUCCACAAUUAUCUUGAUAAGCAGUUGCGUCUCUCAAAUGAAUUGAAUCUGGCUGAUAAGGACUACAACCUUACAUUUGAUUUUAAUUUUCUGAGGACGAGGAAUCGUCCGUCUUUGGUAGAUCAGAGAUCACAGCAGAUACAAAACGAUAACUCUGCACAAGAAGAACAUUUAGAAAUGAAUGGUUUGAAGCUGUUAGCAGAUUCGCGGACCCACGCCAGUCUCCUCGUGCACCCUGUUAUAAGGGCGUUUUUACAUUUGAAAUGGUACCGUCUUUUCUGGGCGUUUUGGCUUAACUUUGCAUUUUACGCUACAUUUGUAAUAUCCGUUUGUGUCUUUGCGUGCAACUCGUACAAUAUCAAAGCAGGCGAUCAAAAUUGGUGGGAAUACACUGAAGGCUCUUUCUUUCUAAAAGUCACCACAAUUUUGCUUUUUGUACGAGAGGUUUUCCAAAUGAUACUAUACCGUUUACAUUAUUGGAAAAUAUGGGAAAACUGGAUGGAACUGAUCAUCAUUGUCAUGGCCGUAUUAACGCUUUUACGUGAGCGUGAAACCUUAGCGGCCAUUCUCGUUCUCCUCGCCUUUGCAGAGCUGACUCUGAUGAUAGGUCGUCAGCACCCUAGCUUAGCAAUCUACAUUGAAAUGUUCCUGAUUGUCUGUAGGACCUUCUUUAAAUGCCUUUUGGUGUACGUAUGCCUUGUUAUAGCAUUUGGUAUAGCAUUUUAUAUCAUCUUCCCAUUUUGCAAAACCGGUGAAGAGUGUAAAAAUUCUUUUAAUACGAUUAAACAUUCAAUUUUUAAGGCGAUCGUGAUGAUGUCAAAUGAGUAUGAUGCAGGAGAUAUAGACUUUGACUAUCUUCCUGUGGUCAGCCAUAUAAUUUUCAUCGCGUUCAUGUUCGUCGUGUCAUUUGUAAUGGUCAAUCUUUUGAACGGCUUGGCCGUCAGCGAUAUACAGGAGAUCAGGAACCAAGCAAAACUUAUCUCGUCCAAAUACCAAGCCCGAAUUUUUUAUGAUUUAGAGCACUUUCUUACGAAGUUCAACAAAAUAAAUAGGCAAAAAAUAGCUGUGUUUGGUCACUUCACUCUGAUCGAUGGGAUUCUUAAAAGAAAUGUCAUCGUGUCAGAUGGGCAAAAUUUGCCUUCCCAAGGUAGCAGCAGUCAAGAUGUGGAAGCUGCUCGCGCUAUACCCCCAUCAUUAUUUGCGAGGAUGAGCCAAAGAUUAUGCACGAUCUUUAGGUGCUGCAGUCAGUACGUGGAGGCUUCACAGACAGAUGGGGAACAGCUUACAGGGAGGCGGACAAAUCGUUACGAAUGGGAAAUGAAAAGGGCGGAUAACCAAGUGGUAGUGUUUUUAAACGACAACUAUCACGUCAUCCCCGAUGUUUGCAGCUAUGAUUGUGUGAGGAGAGUGGCGAGAUAUAGAAGCGUCUUUAACUCAAUUGUGGAGGAAGCUAUGAAUGUCGUAAGCUACGAGUCGAAGGGUCAAAUCGGGCCAAAGUACCCCAAUUUUUUGCGGAAUCGAUCAGAAUUGAAUGAGACAGGAAGUCCCCAUAAGAGCUUGAGUGAAGCUUGAGAAAUACGUUCAAAAUUUUAAAACCGUGAAAACCAUCGACCAACUUUUAUUGUUAACUGCGUAUUUUUGUCAUGAUCUGGUCAUGCUAUGAUGCUGUUCAACAGAGAUAUUAUUAUUGUCAUUCUGAUUAAAAUAAAUAUAUGUACAAAUUAUUUAACAUUUUACACCCUUGAAAUUUGUAAUCAUUAUAUUUUAUGAGUUAUGCUUUUCGCUCACUUACCCUUCUCGCUCUGAUGGGAAGAAUCAAUUAAUUUGUUACAUUAUAACCCUAUCCUACCUAGAAAAGUAUGAGUUGGGCGAAAAGUGUGGGUAUUUUUUCUUUUAAAGUACUAGUAUGUAUGUAUAUUUACUAUUUUGUUUAUAUUAAACUAUUGUAUCUACAUAUGUAUAUGUUGGGAUAAUAGUAGCAGUAAUAACUGUAAUACAUACUGUAUAUAUAUUUAUGUGUAUCCAGCAUCCAACUAUACGUUGAUAAAUGCAAAUAAUGAAGAUUAAAAUAUGUAAUAUAUUAAUUAAUUAAUAAAAUAAUUGAUUUGUGGUAAUAAUUCACUAUUGGCCUUUUGAAGACUUUUGGGUUUGGGUCCUUCUAACCAGACUAGCUCCUGGUCUUCUUCUCAAAGAUCUUUCACGUUCAGCGCAUCUUUCAUGGCAUACAUAAAUUGAUGAUCUUUGCAGCAACGUAUACAGAUUCGCGAGACAAGAUGAGCCUAACCGAACAAAAUUGUUUUCUAUCAACACAUAAAAACUCUCGCUUACCUUUGUAUAUAUAUUUCAGUCAGGUUAUAUAUCCGUAUCCGUGACAUCCGUGUUGGUCCAUAGCUUGCUCGCCGCUUUCCUCAACCUGUGUCCACCUGAUGUCCAUGGGCCAGCCCCUGCGCCUCGAAUCUCGAAAUUUGGGGGUGCACGCAGGGCGCCGCGCCGAUUGACUGUAUAUAC